CUUAUGUGGAUGAAAAUAUAUGAUACGUGUAAAAUUGCUGUGGUUACUAACACUUGAGUGCAUGUGUUUGCAUGUACAGUAUGUGUGUCAUGUUGCUUCCCCUGCUUAGGCUAAAUUCUAAUGAGUGACUACUAAAUAUUAAUCCUUUAAAAAAAAAUGAUUGCAUGUGUAUGAAUGAACAUAUUCUUUAUAUAUUAUUAUAAGAAACAGUCCGUUUCACUAUAUAAGACUGAGAUAAGCAGGUGAAGUAAAAGAUGGGUGCCUUAACUUACUAACACAAAUUUUUGUAUUUUGCCAAAAAUAUAAAUGACUGAAAAUACUUUUUCUGUUGUAGCACCAUCAGCUACACAGUCUAGAACAACUACAUUGAAGAGCUCACAAGAAGAUGCCCUGCCAACUGUAAGGAGACCUGUGCCCCUUCCUCAGGAGCUGAGGUUUCUGAUGCCAAAAACAGCAGGUCCUCUGCCAACAGAGACAACUGUAACAGUUCCAGUGUCAGAGGCACUUGUGAUUACUCCGUCUGCAGAGCCCAGUCAACCGGCGCUGCAGCCACCGAUUGCACAGAGAGCUCAAAGUCAGCCGGUACCCAGGCCAUCAAGGGUCCCUAGCAUUCCUCCUCCACAGCUUCCUGGCUAUGACCAUGAUGUCAGUCAGUGGAACUGUUCUCAACAGCAGAGGAUCUGGAUGAAGACAGAGCUGGAAUCGAUGGGUCUCUGGCCGGGCUCCAUUCCUGUGCGCAACCCCAUGAAGAUGGUGUCAUUGUGGCGUUUCCCUCCCCAGCCAGAAUUAAUUGACAGCAUCUCUGAUCUUCCAUCCCCAAAGUACUUUCAGCUCCAUCCCUUUUUUAUAUGGAAGCCAGAGAAUGACUUAAUGGCAAGGCUGAGGAACAACGACACUCUGCCAUGCAUUGAAGGUUGCGCUCAGGCCCAAGUUGCCUCUGCAGGUGUUGGUAGACCUCGUGUGAUUGUUGGCAUCACUGGACAGUACUACCUUUUUUCAUCCAGGCUGUGCUGUAAAGUUUGCCGGAAGAGGUGGUAUGCUGACAACCCACUGUGGCUGGAAAAAUUACCAAAGAGGUUCACAAACCUGUUGCCGGCAAUACUGACCUACAAGAAGGCCAUCUGUAAAUCCGUAAUGGACGAGCUCAGGCGCACAGGUAACUCACCCACCGACAUGGCAAAGCAGAUCAUGGAGAUGAUGCACCUGAAAUACGAACGUGCUCACCUGGCCUUCCUCCUUACCUGCCAGAACAUCAUGGAUGGUGAGGCAGGAAAAUAUGACCUAAGAACCAUCACUCAGUUCAUAAGACAGGAAACCAAGCCAGCUCCCUUUGGAGAGUAUGGGGAUUCAGAUGGCUGGAAUGGGAUCUCUGUGUCUGCACACUACCUAACUGACUGCCUACUGCAUGAGUACCAACACCAAGAGGGUGCUAUCGCAAAGCUUCUUCAGGGCACCUUUGGACAGGCUUUCCGCUCAGACCACACACGGAAAGUUGCUAGGAAGGUCACCUUUUCAUCUGGGACCAUGUCAUCAUAUGCAGUCAUGAAUGAGAACUGGAUGAUCCUUUCAUGGGUGAUGGUGCAGUCUGAGACAGAAAAGUCACUGAAGCCCAUGUAUGAAGGUAUAGCACACCGCUACAGCACUGCAGGCAUAGAGAAGGCACACUACCAGUGGGUAGACAGGGAUUGCUGCGCAGCAUUUAAGGUUGCAGAAUCUUACACAGGAGAGCAUAUGAACUGGGAUGCUUGGACAACUACUAAUGACAUUGUUGCUGAUGCCACUACUGGUGACCUGCUGAACACUUGUGCAUCAAGAUCCCACUACAAUGAAAACAUAAUUAUCAAGCUGGACUUGUUCCACUGUUUGAGACGGUUCCUCCGUGAGUGUGUGUCAGAGCAUCAUCCCCUGUACAGUUCCUUUGCUCAGUUCCUGUCUGCAGCCUUUUCAGUGGUGGAUCAGGAAGACCUGCAGAGGCUUAAAGAGGCAUAUGCCUUCUGUGGAAUUCAGCCUGCCAACCCAACAAAGGCACACAUUCGCGAGCACUGCAGGACCAGAAUUCCACAGCCUGAGGAGCUUGUCAAGAGAGUCGAGGGAGUUUUCCAGCACUUUCACCUCACAACUGAUCCAAACGGCGUUCCUCUCUUCAAGCCCUCUAUGCUGAAGACAUGGCGCAUUCAGCGCAUACACAUCUUGCGUGGGUGCCUGAGUGAUCCUGAGGUUGAAGGUGGGAUCUUGUACAGGCACGGAGGAACACUGCAGCUUAACCACGUGCAGGGGGAAGGUGCUAAAGUUCCUGUGUGGAUCCCCAUCAGAGGCACUUCACAGCAAGAGGGAUACCAUUUCCAUCAGGCUCAGUGGGUCACUGGAACACGCGUCUCCACAGAGCUGUUCCAAGCCCAGGGGAUGACAGGGGUGGCACGGUGGAAUUACCAGCGCCUGGUGGACUUGAAACAGCCAGAUGUUCACCUCCCAACUGUCUUUGAUCCAGCUUUAAUGGCAGAACUAAAUGCAGUCUCUGAAAGAGUGCUGGGGCAUGUGAAGUAUGCAGCUUUUCAUUUCACUGGCAGAGACACUGGAGAGAAGUUUGGCUUGGAAUAUGUUGAGCCUGGUUGCCGCCCAGUUCCUCUAGACUGGAAUAAGCACAGGAGCAACACAGACUUAACCCAUGCCCAGAAUCCCCCUCCUCAAAGCAGCCCACCCACUGCCCAGGCUGAGCUUCCUCAGUCAUCCUCCAGCUCACCACCCAAGCUGUUUCAGUUUGCUGCAUGCCCUCCUGCUGUUAAACCAGAUGUGACUCCAAGUACAACUCCUGAGCCUCAGACAGAGCCAGAAACCAGAAGUCCGCUGUCUCUCCCCUUGCUUUCCUCACCAUCUGGUGCUCGCACUGGACCUGUGAAGACAGGUGGGAGGGUGUUUGUGUUGGACCACAAGCGCUGGCCAACCCCUAUGAAAAAGGCUAUUGACGACCUGCUUAAUAAACACCGUGGCCAGAAGGACAUGCUCAAGCUUGUAGACCAGGACUAUGCUGGUCUAGUUCACAACUCCUGUAAAGACCCAAACAGCAUGCUCCACCCAACAACCAAACUACAUAUUGCACAGUAUUUAAAGCACCUCAGCAAAUUGUUAAACACCAGCUCCUCUUUAAAUACCAGCCCAGAAAAACUGCAAGAGAGGCAGGAACUCUGGCACUCUCUGACCAAGGGGAGUACGACUACCAGUGUGCCAGUUGUUACCAUGCCUGCUGCAGUUGUUAAUCCACCACCACCUGUGCAGACCCUGGCCACACCUCUAACUCAAGACUCUAUUGAGAAAAUAGUUAAAAACAUAAUGGACAAGGAGCAGCAGCAACAACAGCCGGAACAAAAAAAGGCACAGACAAAAACAUGUCUUUCCUGUGGCCAGCCAAAGUCGAGGUAUCUUCCAUCCACUUCUUUUACCAGCAAGGCUCUGUCAGGUAUUUCUACUGCUCCACUAAGGUUUUUAAAGCCUAUGCCUUUAAUGACUUUACACAGACAGAGUUCUUUCAGCAGGAACUAG